AAAUACGCGUGCAUUUCGCAAAAAGCGUUCACUUCACCUCUUCAAUGAACGUUGUUUUUCUUGGUUACCGGACACCGGAUAUUUACAAUUUGUCGCUUGCUUAUUGUACGGAAUGAUUUUUGUUUCGAGUUUCGAGCAGAGAAUGUAAUGCAGUUUCGUUCAACUUAGCGAUGUUGAUAGUCGGCAAUUGUUCACAUCCACAUUCACGUUCACGUAGUAUAUAAGGGGCGCGCGAGAAGUAGUCGGGUCGGGUGAGUUUCGAAAGUUUCGCUCGAACGGCUCCGCUUCUGCUGCGUUAGUUCAUUGGGGGAGAUGCUGAAUCCUUGCGUUAAGCCCGAGCGGCCCGAAGACACCGUCGGCGAUGGGAGGUGGAUGUCUAUGCACAAUCGGUAUUUGCAAGAGGCGAAAAACAGCGAAUCUGAAGUUCUUUUUAUAGGCGAUUCGAUCAUACAGCAGUUGCAGUUCAGUUCUCUGUGGGUUGAAAAAAUUAGCUCUUUGCAUUGCUUAAAUUUCGGUAUUGGAGGAGAUAGGGUGGAAAACGUGCUAUGGCGCGUCCAAAACGGCGAACUAGAAUUCAGUGCUAAAAUUAAAGCCGUCGUUCUAAUGGUAGGCACCAACAACAUCGAUUGCACUGGACACGAAAUAUUCGAGGGCAUUUUGGAAAUAAUUAGGGAAAUUAAACGACAACUCGGCAACGUCGCCAUUUUACUACCAACCCUCCUGCCGCGCGGCCACCAUCCCAACCCUUACAGGGAGCGCAACGAUCACGUCAACACGUUCCUGCUGGACAAGUUCUGCAACGAGGCGAACGCCGACGAAAUCACUUCGAACGUCCACGUAGUGGCCAUCGACGAUCACAUCGUGGGCAACGACAGGACCAUAUCGCACCACCUCAUGCACGAUUACCUCCACCUCACCAACAGCGGCUACUCCAAAGUGUUCGGCAAAGUUUACGAAACGCUGUGCGACAUUCUGAAAAUUCCGCCCAAGCAAUGAGCUUGAGACGCUCAAUUACCUGCUGGGUUUUUUUUGUUUUUAGUAGUUAAUUUAACGUUUUGUGUUUGAUUUGUUUUAACGCCUAGAGUACAACUUAAGUUCGCGGAAAGGAAAGUGUUUUUUUUAAUUAAGGCACCUAAAACAGUACAUAUUUA